AGCUCAGUACUAUCUACACUGACUGGCAGCGGCUCUCCAGGGUUUCAGACCGGGGAUUGAACCUGAGGCCUUCAGCAGAUGCUCUCCCACUUAGCUACGGAGUUUAAAUUUUCUGGGCGUUUCUGUAGGUGAGCGAAGGACGAGGGAGGAGACCCCUGGUCUGGAGUGAAUCCCUCAUGCAGCCGCUGCCAAAAAUGAAGACGCGUAUUCCGUCCCCGCCGAAACGAGCAACAGAGGAGCGAGAAUGGCAGGAAACUCCCAACCUCUCUUUCGCUUCCUGCUGCUGCGGGGGAUUUUAACCAUAGAGAUGUUAAAGGGAUCGUAUGGAUUUUAACCAUAGAGAUGUGCAUGACACCACAGCCCAUCGACCACAGACUUCCUUGUCUCUAGGAGAGAGGCCGCUUUUUAAAGGAUCACCAUAGGGUUGUAGAGGAAGCGCAGGCCGUCUGUCGCGCUUUGGCGUCUCCCAUCUCCUCCGCGACUUUCUCUUCGUCACGUCGUGUGUCUCCUGGGAGCACGAAGGAUGGGAUGGUCCGUCUCUUGCAAGAGUAGCGUUGAGGGAGCAUGCACGCCUGCUGGGAGCGGAGUAGCGCGGUUCAGUGGUCCGUUGUAGGGCCCUAAUCUUUCGUUUCAACUGGUCUUCUAAAAAAAGGGGGGCCCGGGCCAGGAUGGCCCUCAACAAAUCUAUGCAUGCAAGAAACAGAUACAAGGACAAGCCACCUGAUUUCGCUUAUCUGGCGUCCAAAUACCCUGAAUUUAAACAACACGUGCAAAUAAAUUUGUCGGGGAGAGUGAGUGUAAACUUCAAGGAUCCAGAAGCAGUGAGAGCCCUGACGUGCACCCUGUUGAAAGAAGACUUUGGACUUCAAAUUGACAUACCCUUAGAAAGGCUCAUUCCGACAGUUCCCUUGAGGCUUAACUACAUCCACUGGGUCGAAGAUCUGAUUGCUCAGCAAGACACUGCGGCUAAGGGUUCAGUUACAUGGGGAAUAGACAUAGGAACAGGGGCAUCUUGUAUUUACCCAUUACUUGGCGCAACUUUGAAUGGAUGGUAUUUCAUUGCAACAGAGGUGGAUGACGUGUGUUUCAGCUAUGCCAAGAAAAAUGUGGAGCAAAAUAACCUAUCUGAUCUUAUAAAAGUGGUUAAAGUACCACAAAAAACACUCUUGCUGGAUGCCUUAGAAGAAGAGUCUGAAGUCAUCUAUGAUUUCUGCAUGUGCAACCCUCCCUUUUUUGCUAACCAGCUGGAAGCAAAGGGAGUAAAUUCUCGUAAUCCCAGAAGACCACCUCCCAGCUCUGUCAACACUGGAGGGAUCACUGAGAUCAUGGCUGAAGGAGGAGAGCUAGAAUUUGUCAAGAGAAUCAUCCAUGAUAGCCUGCAGCUUAAAAAAAGAUUACGGUGGUACAGUUGCAUGUUGGGGAAAAAGUGCAGCUUGGCACCACUGAAAGAGGAGCUUCGAAUCCACGGAGUUCCUAAAGUCACCCACACUGAAUUCUGUCAAGGUCGCACCAUGAGGUGGGCUUUGGCUUGGAGCUUCCAUGAAAAUGUCAGAGUGCCAUCACCACCUUCUAAGAAAAGAAAAUUAGAAAAGCCUCGUAAACCAAUCACAUUCCUGGUCUUAGCAUCGACAACAAAAGAGUUAGCUAGCAAAGCUUCAUCUGUGGGAAUAAAUGCUGUCGAAGGGAUGGCAGUAGUUGCAGCAUGGAUCGGAAAAAUUCUCACUGACCUGAAGGUUCAGCAUAAAUGUAUUCCCUGUGGAAAAGAUGAAGUCAGCUUGUUUCUGACAGCUGUCGAAAACUCCUGGAUUCACUUAAGGAGAAAGAAGAGGGAUAGAGUGAGGCAGCUACGUGAACUUCCUCGAGCAUCUGUAGAUUUCCUGCAAGCCACAGAAGAACAGAGCCAAAACAAUUCAGGCGACACCAUAGAAGGUAGCAAAGAUGAACCUGCUAAAAAAGCAUCCAUAGUAUUUGGUUGCAACCUUGAGUCACCAGAAGAAGACAGCCUAAAUAGCACUCCUGGUAUUAAAGAAGAAAGCAUCCAAGAACACAUUGACGAAAACAACAAAGCAGAGGAAUCGGCUGUUGUUUUAGGAAACUUAGAAGAUUUUAGGGAUGGAAAGGAGGACGGGUUCAAGGCCUUUGACGAUAAUAGCUUAGCUGUUGAAACUGGACAGAGUGCCAACAUCUCAAGUGAAUGGUUCCUUUUUAAGUGUGUGCUAACUGUGAAGAAAGAAGUGGAUGAUUUCUUAAUAGAAAUGCACUGGAUUGAGGGACAGAACAGAGACUUAAUGAACCAGCUGUGCACCUACCUAAAGAACCAGAUUUUUCGGUUGGUCACAACUUAAAUAUUUAUGUGAAUGAGGAAGAUUAACAGUCAUAUUUUUGUAAUCUUGCUUUUGUGUUAAGUAUAUUUAAGGAUAUAUUUGCUAUAAAUGGUGAGUAUUUUUAAACUCUUUGAAAGUGUGAAGCUCUAGGGAUUUAUAAAGGCCUUAAAAUAUAUGUGGGUGUGAAAACUUCAUAACUUAAGUCACAUAGACUUCAAUAGGAACUAAAUGCAACUAACAUGUCCUGUCCUCUUGUGUAACAAAAUUUGAGUAUUUUUAACUGUUGAGCUACACACUAGAAAGCAGCUCUGUGUCUGCCUUAAAAAGGCAAUGCUGUUGUGGAUUCUUCAUUGGCUUUUUCUUACGCUUAAUAGAAAUUCUCCACAGUUGUUUUGUAUCCAUGCCCUGUCUCCCUUGACAUGUUCCUAGUCAUGAAUACUCCUGAAUCUCGGAUUGCAGUCAGCAGUUAAAAGCCGUUUUUCUACAUGUUGCAGCUCCAACUUUAAACAGCUGAAGGCUGGAAAAAGGUGCAACAUAUUCUUUUGCUGUAGAAUUGUGAAAAUAUAUGCCUGUAGUAUUCUGGUGUAUUCUGACAGACUCUGUGAGACUUGGCUAUCCAUACGUAUGCACUGUGUCUGGUUGUAAAUGUUUUCCUCCAGAAUCCCCAUUUCAAUUAUGUUUAUAGAAUUCACAAGUAGGACCUGCAACAAAACGUUGCAGUAUGGAGUGCUCCCUGUUCAGGAUUCUAGUCACUUAAUCCCAUUCCCCCUCCGCCCUAGCUAACUGAAUUUCCUCCUGACAGUCAGCGUUGCAUGGCCACUGAGUUGGGCUUUUUUUUUUUUUUGGAAGAAGAGGAUUCCCCCCUCCACUGGAUAUUAGCUAAAGAUUUUUUUUUCUUUGUACUCCUGCAAACUUUGGGGUUUUCCCAAGCCGACUGAUACCUCCCUCUUGUGUGUGGCUAGUUCCAUUUUGGCUGCAUAAGCAACAGCACUCUCCCUCUGUAGGUUGGAACUGGUAUAUAUGAGACACAGUAGCCAGAGAAGGUAGUGGUGGUUUUACAAGAAGAGGAGAAGGGGAUUUUUUUCAGGCUUUGUAUUUCAGGGUUGUUUUUGUAUUUCAGGCUCUGUGUUUCAGUUUAUCCAUCAAUGCUGUAAGAAGCAGCAAGUUUCUUAUAGAACUGACAGAGAAGCCAAAAUGACUUUGUUCCAAGAACAACAUUCAACGGAUUUCCACUCACCCCAACAUUUAAAACGAUUUACUUUUAUUAAAUUUUAUUAUUAAAGUGGAAGUGGGACAUAAGGAACAAUCCCAGGCAUGAGAAAUGUAAGACGGUCUGCUUGUAUGUUUAUUCCUCUGAAAUGUUUAUGGUUUUAAGUUGUUGGAGGUUUUUUUAUUAUUUUAAGCUUUCUUCAGUCUCCUCGCUCUCUGUACGAUAAAAAGUAUGGUUGGACAAAUCUGAAAUACUGAUAGUUAUUAUAGAGCACCAAUCGAGGGAAGUGAAAGUCACAACAAAAUUAAAAAUAGAAGGAAAGAGGCAAGUGAUAUUUAGAGAUUACAAUACUUUGGGAUUUUGCAGAACUAGUUGAUAGUAAUGUUGAUUCCUUAAUUAAGAAUCAGCAAGGUAUGAAAAGAUAGCAGGUCACAGGCUAGGAAGGAUUGCAGCAAUUAAGAUAUUGCCUUGCAUUAUUAUUUUUUGUGUGUCUUUAGAAGUCCUCCUUAUUAGGGCAGAGCCAAGCAAGCAAGCAUUAAUAACUUUAUCCCAAACUAUGUGGCUAGAGUUACAAAGUUAUUCAGAAGUUUGAAGGAAAAUGUCAAAAUGCAUGCAAAAUCAAGUGAUGUUAUUGGUGACCUUUAGUCAGUCACUGUGUUUACAUGUCACAGUAAGGUGUGAUGAUGGAUGGUUUUCCCUGAAUGUAUAGAUCACUUCUGCUUUGCUCUUCCCCAUCACUGAGGAAAACAGCAAACCAUGAUCCUUGGCUAAGCAUUACAUCUCUCAGGGACUGUGGCUUGUCUCACUGAAACCUCAGUUGCUAAGCAAAAAACAAGAAUGGCAAAGCUGUAUUCGGGCACAAAUUACAAACAUAGGAUAAAUUUAAAAGUAUAAAGAUGCUUUAGAGACUUUGCAAGUAUGCGUGACAUCCUAGAACUGAACAAAACAUAUUAAAAAGUUCAAGUCAAGACAUAUUGAGUGUUAUAUGGGUAUUAUAAAGAGAGUAUUGACUGUGUUAAGCUAACUGACUCGCUGUUUUCCUAUGAUAAUGUAAUUAUUGAUUUUUUUAAUUCGUAUAAUAAAAUAUUUUUUAAAAGCUGC